AUGGUGUGGAGUACUCGUGGGCCUCCAAAACUCCUACAUUUCCUAUGGAGUGCAGUGAAGGGUAAUCUUGCUGUCAAGAGUAGACUCGUGCAACGUCACAUAAUUAAUGAAGCUUCCUGCCAGAUUUGUGGCCACCAUGAAGAAACAAUUUGGCACGCCUUGGUGGAAUGUGAUGCAGCUGCUGCUAUGUGGGAGCAUAGUGAGCUAAAAUCAAUCCUAACAGAUGCUCCUAAUCACUCUUUUGCUGAGGUAUGGGCAUGGCUAUAUAGAAAGUGCGACGGUGAGACGCUUAGUACAUUGGCUACAUUAUUGUGGGCAGCUUGGCGUUGUAGGAAUCUCAUCAUAUUUGAGAACGAAAGACCAAAUGUGGUGCUUCUGGCGGCUAGAUAUUGCAGACUUGUUCAUGAUUACCAUUCCUACGCAAAGUGUGUGUUCAAUAGAGUCUCAAGUGCGGUUGCGCAGCAUAGCAUUGCAAGUUGGAGCUGUCCCCCAACAGGUACUAUUAAAAUUAAUGUAGAUGCUCAUGUACCUAGUUAUGGGAUGGCAGGGCUUGGUGUUGUUUGCAGGGAUGCCGAGGGAAAAAUAAUGGCCGCGGCAAAGAGGAAGGCCAUUGCAGCUCCGGAAGUAGUAGAAGUUAUGGUUGUGCGCUAUGCCCUCAUGCUUGCUCAUAGAUUGGGGUAUUCCCGAAUCAUGGUAGAAUCGGAUGCCAUUAAUGUGAUAAAGGCUGUGAAUUUGAAGGAGUAUGGUCGUUCACCCAUUUUUUCAGUUUAUGAUGAUAUUUGUAUUGAUAGAGCUAAGUUUGAGUUUUGUACUUUUUCACAUAUUAAACGUUCAUGUAAUACCGUGGCUCAUCUCAUAGCACGAUGGGAUACGGGUGAGAAUGUGGAACUUGUACAUUUAUCUUCUUUUCCCCAAGGCUUGUUGUCUUUGGCGGAAAUGGACUUGCUUUAA